CCUUUGGGUGCGUCAGUGCAUAAGCCCUCUUUCUCAUGGUGACAAUCAGGCCUUGCUUGAUUGUAACAGAGAUUUUUGUUUAAAGAAGAGAGGAACUUGCAGCCCCUUUGCUGCUUUUCAAAUAUUGGUGUUGGUUUUCUCUCAGUGACGGUUGGACGGAGUUCUAGCUGAGGGUUUGUCGACAGUGCUCAUCUGUAGGUGUAACAGGGACAGCAGGUCUCCCCACCCCUGAGGGACUCUGCCCUCUCUAUGUCUUUUUCUCAUUGUUCACCACGUGUGGAGUCGUAGCUGGGUGUGCUCGCCUCACCUCGGGGCCAGCGAAGCGUUCUGUUCCCUGAGAGGAGUAGGAGAGCAGCACUAAAGACCGUGUGAAACGGCUACUGUUAGCGCAUACAGUACUGAGCACGGUGGGAGAGAGGGUGAGGGCGGGAGGGGGGAAGUAGAGGGGGUGUGAGAGGGAGAGAGAGAGGAGAGAGAGGGAUUGAGGGGGGAAAGAGAUUGGGAAAGAGACAGCCUGAGACCAAAAAAGUAGGAGACUGACUGAGGCAGCAAGCAGGCAAGGGUAAGAGAAGCAGAGUGAGAGGAAGUCAGAGGGAUAGAAAAGGGGGACCGUUGGUAAGGGGUCUUGGAAAUGAUUCUUUGAGCUGUGGAGCUGUGGAGUUUCAGUCCUUCCCCUCUGCUGGAUAUGAGCAAUAGCAGUCAUAAAAAGCGCUAUGUAUCCACAUGCAGGAUUUACCUCAAGUCUCCCACGCUGUCCAAGAACUGCUCUGAUGGCGUGCAGGUCUUGGGGAAUGGGCUUAGUGCCAGCAUCACUGCCUUGAACAGCAGCCUGCAUAAUGUAUCUGACCACAGUCUUGCUCCUGCCUGCGUUCCGGAGGCGCCCCACUUCACGGAGCCGCUGGAGGACUGCUCGAUGGACGAGGGCUAUGACAUCACACUGCGGGGGGUCGUUGCGGGGAGUCAGCCUAUGAGUGUUUCGUGGCUGCACAAUGGAGAGCCCGUGCGCUUUGGGGAACCUUCCUUUGAUGGCCGUGUGGCAAGGCUGGUUGUGCGGGAAUGUCUGCCUGAGGACGCAGGCGCCUACACAUGCAUGGCAGAGAACGAGGCAGGCAAGACCUCCAGCAGUGCGGCAGUGUGCGUGAGAGACUUUGAAACAGUCUAUGAGAUGCACAACAAGCCCAUGCUUUCUCCUCCACUGCUGAAUUGCAAUGUGGAGAACAAAAGCUCAAAUGGCCAAAAUACCAGUGCCCACCAGGAUCUGAGGAUCUCGGACUGCCAGCAGACCAGCAUUCCCAUACACAGGAAAGGACUCACAGCAAAGAGAAGAACAGGCUCUGGAAAAGAGCCCCCAGUUCAGUUUGAGGAUCCCCCGGAGCAGCUGGAGGUGCCAGUUGGGGAGACAGCCCGCCUGCACUGCGCCCUCCGCAGCAGCUUCACCGUGGCCACCUGCUGGUUACGGAAUAAAAAGCAGGUUGUGGAUUGCCUUCGUACCCGAGUGGAGUGCACAGAGAAGGAGAGUGUGCUGGUGAUCUCAGAGGUCCAGCCAAGCGACGCGGGCAGGUACACCAUUGUGGCCAAGGACCGCAGGGGCUCUGCCCAGCACACCGUCACGCUCACUGUCAUUGAUCGGCCCCAGCCUCCCGCGUCCUGUCCGGUUGUCUCCCUGCUGUCCCCCAGCUCGCUGGUCCUGACCUGGUCCGGGCCCUGCUACGACGGAGGCAGCGCUGUCACCGCGUACGUGGUAGAAGCAAGAAGAGACGGCCCCGGGAGGCCUGGGGCCUGGAGUAAACUGACAGGCCGCUGCAGGAGCACCUCAUAUCAGGUUUCAGAGGGCUUGGAGCCCCGGGGGGAGUACCGGUUCCGUGUGAGAGCCUGCAACGCAGUGGGGAUCAGCAAACCCAGUCAGGAGUCGGACGUUGUCAAGAUGGACGCUGUGGGCAAGCCACAGGAGGAGACCGAGGUGUACGAGGACGUCACGAUUGACAAGACCCAUAGUGUCAAAGAUCACUACGAAGUGAAGGACCGGCUUGGCGCGGGCAAGUUUGGGCAGGUGUUCAAGCUGAUCCACAAGGAGACGGGCCGCACGUGCGCUGGGAAGUUCUACAAGGUGCGGCGGUCCAAGGAGAAGGAGGCGGCGCGUAAAGAGAUCGAGCUAAUGAACUGCCUGCGCCACCCCAAGUUGGUGCAGUGCCUGGGGGCCUAUGAUAACAGCUCUGAGCUGGUCAUGGUCCUGGAGUUCAUUGCGGGCGGGGAGCUGUUCGAGCGCAUCGUGGACGACAGCUUCGAGCACACGGAGACCUCCAGCGUGCACUACAUGCAGCAGAUCCUGGAGGGCAUCCAGUACAUGCACAAGCAGAGCAUCGUGCACCUGGACCUCAAGCCGGAGAACAUCGUGUGCGUCAACAAAACCAACACCCUCAUCAAGAUCAUCGACUUCGGCCUGGCCAGCAAGAUGGACCCCAACACUCCUCUGAAGGUGAUGCACGGAACUCCAGAGUUUGUGGCACCGGAGGUGAUUAACUUUGAGCCAGUGGGACUGGCCACUGACAUGUGGAGCAUUGGAGUCAUCUGCUACAUCCUGCUCAGUGGGGUGUCCCCAUUCCAGGGUGAAAGUGAUGCAGAGACCCUUGCCCUGGUGACCUCCGGUCAGUGGGACUUUGAGGAGGAAAGCUUCACUGAGAUCACAGACCAGGCCAAAGACUUCAUCAGCGCCCUCCUUAGAAAGGACACAAGGCUCAGACUUUCCUGUACCGCCGCCCUGGCCCACCCCUGGGUGGCCGCCUUCAAUUCGGCCGACCCCCGCACCACCAAGACCCUCUCUAAGGAUAAGAUGAAGAAGUACCUGGCCAAGCAGAAAUGGAAGAAAGCAGGGAAGGCUCUGCUGGCACUGAAGAGGAUGGCUCUGCUUUCCAACAAAUCCGAAGCACCUGACUCCCCCAGUAGCCCAGACUCCAGCCAGAGCCCUGAGACUGAGAAGGCCUUGCAGUCUCUGGAGGAGAAGUUGUUGAGCAAGCCUCAGUUCCGCCCUGCCCUGAGGAACCUGGCCCGGCCCAGGGGCUCCACAGCCCGCCUCUUCUGUCAGAUUCAAGGGUACCCUGACCCAGAGGUGGAGUGGCUGAGGGACAGUGAACCCUUGGAGGAGUCGGCCCGUGUGCACAUCGAGUACGAGGAGGACGGCCGCUGCACCCUGGUCCUGUCCCAGGUGGUGCCGGAAGACUCCGGGUGGUACACCUGCAAGGCAUUCAACAGCCAGGGGGAGGUGCAGUGCUCAGCCAAAUUUACAGUGCAGCGGUAGACUGUGGACGCUGACAAGCCUGUAGGAAAAUACAUAUUAAUGCAC